AUGGAUCGGCAGGUUAGCAGCCGAAAUGACUUGGAGUGCAUGAUGCUAGAUGAAACCUCAGAGCCCAAGGCCCUGCCACUGUCGCUUUUGGAAGACAUCACAGGUGGUUUCUCCGAUGAUCGGGAGAUUGGUAGAGGCGCCUUCUCGGUGGUGUACAAGGGAAUGCUCGCUAAUGGGCUGACCGUCGCUGUGAAGAGACUAUCCAAUUGUUACAUGUAUGACAAGGAAUUCCAACGAGAGGUUGAAUGUUUGCUCAAGGCGAAUCACACAAAUAUAGUGAGAUUUCUAGGAUACUGCGCUGAUACGCAAGGCACUAUGGCAGAUUUGAACGGAAAGGUUGUCAUGGCAGACGUACAACAAAGGUUGCUCUGCUUUGAGUACCUGCCUAAAGGAAGCCUCGAUGGGUAUAUCCAAGAUGCAUCUGGUGGACUUAACUGGAGCAAGCGGUAUAAAAUAAUUAAAGGGAUCUGCGAGGGGUUAAGUUAUCUUCACCAGAAAAAAGUCAUCCACCUAGAUCUAAAACCCGCGAACAUAUUGCUAGAUGCUAAUAUGGUAGCCAAAAUCUCUGACUUUGGUCUAUCAAGAAUCUUCGAGGAAGAUAAGAGCCGUUUCGUUGCUACAAAAGUGGGCGGAACGCUAGGAUAUUUGGCUCCGGAAUUCACUAGUAAUGAGAUCACACACAAGUUUGACUUGUAUAGUCUUGGUGUUAUACUCGUAGAGGUUUUGACUGGAAAGAGGGGAUAUCAAGCUGUCGACACUGUACUUGAAAGUUGGAGCAAUAGAUUGGACAGAUCACAGGGAGACACCAGUUUCGAACAAAUUCGAGUAUGCACAGAGAUAGGGAUGGAGUGUAUUGACACCAACCCAGAGAAGCGACCAGUUAGUAUACAUCAUAUAGUUGCUCGGCUGAAUGAAACAGAAAGUAGUCAGCAAGCCGUAAAGCCGUCGGGACACCUGGUGAAUCUAGGUUCCAGCGAUCUUCUUGAAGUCCAACCAUUAGUUCUUCGAUUUCCAUUCGAGCCCAACAAGUCGAUACAGUGCUCACUGCUGCUAACCAACAACACAGAUGAGCACGUCCCAUUUCGUCUCAUAAACAAUAGCGGGAACAAGAUGUGCUUCGUGAGGCUGCCACUAUUUGGCAUUGUGCCGCCGAGGUCUGUCUACACUCUUGUUGUGACAACAUAUCAGCAGGAGAAGCUUCCAGAACAUAAAUACUUUGAUUUGAUCCUGGAGAGUACUAUAUUAGGUGAUGAGCACAACUGGUCAUCUGAAACAUAUGAGCAGGAUGAUUUUUUUGAGAAAACCAAAAAGAUGGGGCAUAUGGUGCGUGAGGUGACACUGAAAGUUGUUUGUACUCCACAACGAGGGAUUAUAACGUCUGAGGUUUUACAUGUGGACAUACCUUACAAGGAUAUAAGUUGCUGGGACAUAAACCCGACGAAGCAUUGGAUAAUAAUCGGACACAAGUAUGGACGCAUUCGCAUCUGGAGCUAUGAGACACAGAAGCUAGUGGGUUCGUUUAAAGUCUCAAGGGAAAAAGUCUCCUCCAUUAAAUUUAUUGAAUGGAAGAAAUGGUUUGUGGCUGGGACAAAAGAUGGUUUCAUCCACGUGUACAGCUACGAUAAGCUGAAAAAGAUUAAAAGUUUCAGAGCUAAUACUGAAGCUAAAUCUGUCAAAACACUGGCCGUUCAUCCAACCCAGACAUAUAUGUUGUCAGUGUCACCUAAAUGCAACCAGGCAAAGCUUUGGGACUGGAACAGGGGCUGGGAGUGCAUCCAAACAUUUAUGACGGAAUACUCUACUGAACGCAUGUUCGUAUUUAACCCGAUGGGCAUUACCAUUGCUAGUGCUUCAGAGCACACAAUUAAGAUGUGGGGCCCUGAUUCAGCAGAAUCUAAGUACUUUCUGUCUGGGCAUUCAAAAAAAGUGAAUUGCUUGGAAUUUUUCACAUGUAAUGAUCAUCAGUAUUUGAUUACGGUCUCUGAUGAUUGUACUGCGAAGAUAUGGGAUAUAAAGAAAAGGACGUGUGUUCAUACACUCGAAACUUUCAUGUCUAGAGUAAUGUAUGUCUAUUCCUCUCCAAAUCUCCAGAUCCUAAUUACAGGUUGCUGCAAUGGUACUGUGCAUUUGUGGAACUCUGCCAAUUUCAGGGUUGAGAAAGUCUUUCAAAAUUGCUGUGCAUCUGUAUGUCGACUUUCUUGUUUGAUGGAUCCACAAAGGGUUGUCAUUGGAUAUGCAAAUGCAAUUUCAGUCAUGUGCUUUGGUAAUGUGGGCUUUGAGCCAGGAUCAACGGAUUCUUGUGAGCAUAAGUUAAAUGCAGAUAGCGUAUUAGGAAACACAACAUCUGAGGAUGGGCAGACCAAUAGUCCUGAGAUAGCUCCAUAGAGGAGCACAAGCAAAAUCUUCUAUUUUUA